AUUAUGGGGAAUCCUUCUCCGAUGUCAUCCAGGGUCUGGUGCAUAUAUUAGAGAAUCAAGGUUCAGACCAUAUUGCAUCACCAUCAAAUUUCAAAUAUAGAGUUGCACUUGAAAAGCAGUUGACCUCAACCAUGCUGCAUGUUCUUAUCCUCGCUUCAAGCUCUGAUCAUGAACCCGUCAAAGAUUUUCUUGUGAAAAAAGCCUCAUUCCUUGAAGAUUGGUUCAAGGCACUGUGCUCGUCACUAGGAGAGACAAGUUGUCAAGCGGAAGUUGAAAACGAUAAGUUCAUUGAGAAUCCGAAGAAAGAGAUGAUACGUAACGCAAUUGGGUCGCUAAUUCAAUUGUACAAUUGGAGGAAGCAUCAUGCAAUUGCACAGAAAUUUGACAAGUUAGUGAACAGCAUCCAGUGAGUUCUCUCAGUUACGGGAAAUGCUGCUCUUUGAAGACAAAUAUUUAAUUGUGAUAUGAGAUUGUAGGGAAGCACCGUCGGGCGGCUGUUAGACAUACGAGGGGGCUCUUCAGGAUCAUAUGCUAAUUAGGUUGUAGCUCUCUCCUUUUCUUUUCUUUUCUUUUUUUCCUUAUUUGGUGCCUUUUUCUUGGGUAUGGGUAGGGUAUGGAUGGGGUUGGUUAAGAUCCUAAAUAGGUGAAAUUUGUUGUAUUGUUGUGCA